GGAGCAUGAGUUCCCGGGAAGAUGAGGACAAAGCUGAGAUCCAAGAAACCUGGUCAAAUGUAUCUGGCCAGAGAACAUACCAUGCAGGUGUCAGUAGCAGCCUAAACCUCAGAGCCCAAGAAGCUCCAAGAAAUCCUCACGUCAUGGUACUGAGCCAAGGAGACAUCAUGGUCAAAGAAUCUGCUUGCUCAGGGUACCAGGAACAACGUGAAUAUCCCUUAAUACCAGAACUUAUGCACCUACCUCCUGGAAGAGUGGACUGUCCACGGUGUAUUGUGCUGCAGACUGAAGUAGCAAGCCUCAAGAAGAGACUUGCCAUCAUGGAGUCCCUGGUUGAAAAAUUACGGGAACUUUGUAAGUAAGUGACCAUCUUCCUACUGAAGAAGCCUUACGUUUGGAGCCCAGGAGCUACAGAAAAGCUGAUCACCUUCAUUUCUGCCUGAGUUUGCUCCUUGUUCAUUGAAUCCUCUUACAACCCUGGUUUAAUGACAGUUCAUA